AAAGACGCUCCUCAAUUUUGAAAAAACCCUCCAUAGUAUCUCUUCUACAGAACCUUGAGUUUUCGGAGAACCUCGAAUCUCAAUGGAAUCAAUGGCUUCAGAUCCCGAACUUGACAUGGAUGAAGGAGAUCUGGAGAAAUUGGAGUCAGAUGUGAAGCAGAUGGCCAAGAAGAUCUCCGAGUACAGGCAAACCCUACCGGAUCAUCUCAGGAACACUCUUGAUUCUGCGCUAUCUUCCCACAUACCCGUUUUCCCCAACAUCGAUUCCGGGUCGGAUCCUCUUCCGUCGUCAUGCCUCACUAUCGCAGAAGCACAGGUACCUGGUGUGUUGGAAGAGCAAGACUCUGAAGAGAAAUGGAUUCAGCUCAAGGAAAGAAUGUCGAGGAACGCUGCGAAUAUACCUAAAGUUGUAAAGAGAAUGCGAGAAUGUAUAGAGAGUAUCGACAAACUCGAUUCUUUGGAAGUUACCAUUCACCCGGCAUUCAAAAGGCAAAGAAUUAACUGACUAUUUCUCCUUCAUGCUUAGGCUCUCCAUAGUAUUUUCUUAGGAAAGAUAUGUGUGCUGAUUUGUGAAUAUGUAAUUCUAGAUUGAUCUGGCAUGUACAUUGGUGUCGUUUGAUUCAAAACAUUCACAACAUGAUAUUUGAUUGUGCAAGUACUAGGGAAGAGAUUAAG